UGUCGCUGCAAUUUAGCUGGGACAGGCCGAAAGAGAGGCCCAAAAAGGGCUCGGCCCAAAUUUUGCCCCGAUAAGCCAGAGGAGCUCUUCCAGAAACCUAGCUCCCUCUCUUCCCGUUCCCUUCCUUCCCUCCACCGAAAACAUUGUGGCGGCUGCGCGGUUACUCACAGGUGCGCUCGGCAGGCCGGCCGUUGCUUGGCCGGAAGCAGUGACGGCAAGGCGACGCCCAAGACUCCGGGCAGUUUUUGCAACAGUGGGUUGCGACCACGUUCCGCCCCGUAGCUUCACACCACGGUCAGGAAGGCUGCGACCGGCGACGAGGGACCUCUGCACAACGACGUCUAUGAGUCCUCCAAUCCUCUCUGUCCUUCACUCAUUUGUUGAUUCAGUACAGGAAGAAUAUGUUUGCUGCCUUCACUCGUUUGGCAUUUGGUUCAGUAACAAAACAGCUAGUAGAUCUAUACUGCAGCCGAUUUGUGAACACUUGUUUUCUGAAUUUAUACCCUGUUUUCUACUGAAAAUCCCCUGUUUUCUACUGGAAAUCCUCUGUUUACUGAGACAGAUAUGCACAUGUACUACUUGAGACUUGAGAAUGACAAGCACAUGCACUGUUCCCGCGAAAGUGCUUAGCGGCCGCUAUUGCGGGCUGUAGCGGCUGCCCGAGCCAGCCGCGAAAUGACUUUGCCCGCGAUUUGAAACUUUGCUUGUACCCCCAUGUCAUGGAGACCUCCUCUGCCAACCCCUUGUUGAAUACAUGGUACAGUUCUCUGGAGCAACUGCAGUUUCUUAGCUCGCAUUUGCAUCGCUUGGCAAUUACUAUUUUACGUUCUGCUUGUGGAGUUCCUGAUUCAGCAGUUGUACGUGUUCAAGCAGAUAUUCCCAAGUCUGUAGCUAUGUUCAGGUCGUUGCUUGCUUGAUAUUUUCAGAUGCAUUUUGUACUAGAUUAGCAGAGACUAGAUUCAGUUAACUAGCAGAGACUAGGUAAAAUAACUUGGUGUGAGAUUCACUUAACUAGAUUGAGUUCCAACAUGGUAGUCUUCCAAAAUCUAUAGCAGAAGCACUGUUCUUACCUGAUGACUAGAGUUCUGGAUUAUCAUUUUUAGCAUUUGUAAUAUACUUCAUUCAAAUGGAGCAGUAUUAUGCUCAUGAGUUCUCAUAUUUGUAACAGGCGGCCAGUGUAUACCACUGCACCUGAAGCCUUGCUAAGUUUUGGACAGUUCCCGCCAAUACACCCUUAUAAUUUCCGACCUCCGCCAACACACCAACAUGAACAAGGGCACCAAAAUAUGGAGAAUUUGCAAUUUGUUGGUGCUCCCCCACAUGAUUCCUUUUCAACACCACUGCCGCCACCACACCCUAAAGUUGCAGCUCGGUCUGCUCCCGCCAAAGUUAAUUCAACAUCUUCCAAAAGGAAAAGGAAAGUCAUCAAUGUAGAUGACGAUAAAUCGGGAGAAAGGACUGCCCAACGUCUGCCGUAUACACCAGAGGAAGAAGUUAGACUGGCAAGUGCUUGGCUGGAGUGUUCACUUGAUUCCAUCGAUGGAAACGGAAAGAAGGGUGAGCAGUUUUGGGAUGACAUUGCUGCUCUAUACAACAGUACGACACCAAGUAACCGGAAAAGAGACCGGAAUCAGUUGAAGAUGGAGUGGCAAAGGACCAAGAAAAGGCUCGCUGCUUUCCAUGGCGAGUGGUGUGCCGUAACUGGAGUGUAUAAUAGUGGUCACAACACUGAUGACCUGGAAAAAAUGGCCUUGGAGAAGUAUGAACUGAAGUAUGGCCAUCCUUUCCAACAUUCAACCAUGUGGGCAAAACUGAGGGAUGACGGGAAAUGGCUAGCCUCUUACAGAAACAUGAUAGCAAAAAAAGGGAAGACAACAUCUCCGGAGGCCAAUCUCACAUGAAAUGAGAUCAACUUGGAGUCCGAGGAGCGCCCGGAAGCUGGUCGUGAUAAGGCUAAGGUUGAACGUGCUGGUAAAGGCAAGUCAGGAGGGCUCUCACAAGAGCUUGGAGAAAGAUUAUGACAGCUUGCAUCAUUCUACACAACAUGAUAGUCGAGGACGAAAAAGAAGAGGCGAGCAAUAUUGUUGAUUUGAAUGAGGAAGCAGGCUCAUCUAUUAUCUUUCCAUCGAUAUUUGUUCAUGGUGACAUGCCUGUAUUUGCCGAGGUACUGGAAAGAGAUGCUAGAAUCCGGGAUCAUCCAACACAUAGAGCUCUAAAAAAUGAUUUGAUUGAGCAUAUUUGGAAAAAGUUUAGGGCGCGGUAGAUUAUUUC